AUGGAAUUGAAAGAAAUACAAAAAGCUGAUCUGGGAAGAAAGUACGCGCGUGUCGAUCGGCGACCGCUAGACCCACCUCCCGUCGUCCACCUGAGGCUCUUUCGCGUGGAGAACGCGGGCACCACGAGCGAAACGGAAGCAGAGCUGGCCUACGAUGAUGUCCAGGUGCUCGGAUUCCUGUGCACAGUCGAUUUGUUUCCGGUGCCGGGCCCAACGGAAUCUUUACCCCCUAUUCAAGGGAACUCGGAUCGCUCCCAACAAAGAACGUCGGCGCCCGCGACUAGAAGGAACUUCCAGUCCGCAUCCGCGGGUGCAUCCCCGUCGUCAACAACGUCGUCGUCGUCACCGACGUACAGCACGAGCCCAGAGACCCACGCGCGCCCGUACAUCCCUGCUAAUGGGAGCGGGAGUAGCUACGCCCCGUACCAGGAACAGACGUCGCCUAGUAGUCCAUCGGGGCCGCAAUCGCCUGCGCAGCCCAACGUCGUGCACACAGUCGGUGACUACCCGAUCACGGAGGACUCGAAGCAGACGCAGGCCCUCGUCGGCGCGACGUUCGUGCAGCCCGCGGUCGUGGACUACCAGGGAGCCAAGGCGAUCGUUUUCGUAUUUUCCGACCUAGCAGUAAAGAUCGAAGGCACCUUCAUCCUUCGCUACCGGAUGUUCGAUAUCUUCUCCCGCCCCUUCACCCAACAGAACGAUCUGGCGAUAACCGCUGAGACAUACGGUGGCCCCUUCCGGGUGUACUCGACAAAGGAGUUCCCCGGGCUCGCGGCGUCGACGGAGCUAACGAAACACCUUGCACGGUGGGGCGUCCGACUGAACAUCCGCGAGACGGAGCGCCGGCGGAGAAAGAGGCCUGCAGACGGGCGGAGGUCACCCGUGUCCGACGACGACGAUUAG